CAUAUAGUUUUAUCUGGUUUUAGACACACAAAAUGCAGAUCUUUGUGAAGCUCGACGAUACGUACGCGCUCAGCGUUGAGGAGAGCACGAGCGUCGCAGAAGUGAAGAACUUCGUUUUGGAGAAAUGCGGAAUCCCGCUUUCAGAACAGUUCCUCGAAUUCGAGGGCAAGCCACUAGAAAAUGACUUGACCAUUGGCGCCUACAACAUCAAGAAUGACUCGACCAUCCACGCGUCGAUGUUGCUCCGUGGUGGUGUGAUCGAGCCCACCCUGCGCAUCCUGGCGAUGAAGUACAACUGCGACAAGAUGAUCUGCCGCAAGUGCUACGCGCGUCUGCACCCGCGUGCCACCAACUGCCGCAAGAAGAAGUGUGGCCACACAAACAACAUCAGGCCCAAGAAGAAGCUGAAGUAGACUGUCACUUUUGUUUGCUGUGACUCCUGUUGCAGUAUCACUUUUGUUUACUAUCACAUCCAAAUAAAGAUGCGGUUUUAAA